AUGCGGCCUGCAAUGACGAGCCCGAUCUUUGGCGCGACACCAGUCUUCUCGUGGAUCAUCGGGCCCGGGGUCUGGCUCAGAAUUGCCAAUGGGGCCUUCAAAGUAGCGAGAGCCUGCACUGCCGUGACGGCCGACUGGCUGCUGUAUGCUGAAGAGUAA